UUUUGUAAUCACAACAUGAUCUCGUGUGCUGAGCAGCAACAGCGGCCGGGAGAGGCCGGCAGAGGCCUGGCUCCGGUGGCUCCGGCGUCCCUCCUGCUUUGGCUCUCCCGGGGCUGCUCUGGAAUUCUCCUCGUGCCCGCUGCUGCCAUGCACUCAGCUUGGCCUUCUGGGGCUGAGCCCCCAGUGAGCAGGCAGGAAGAGAAGAGUGCAGAGCUGGACCGGAGGAUAGUUGCUCUUCGCAAGAAGAACCAGGCCUUACUACGCAGGUACCAGGAGAUCCAGGAAGACCGUCGGCAGGCGGAGCAGGGGGGCAUGGCUGUGACCACGCCGGAGGUCCUCCGACCUGACAGUCUCACCAUCACCAUCAGCCAGGUUCCUGGUGAGAAGCGGGUGGUCAGCCGGAACUGGACAAGGAGCAGCCUUGGGCCUGGAGCAGCCAAUGAGAUGCUCGAGGAUGAGGAGGUGGAGGACCACACCGACACUUUCUGCUUGGGGGAGCGGGUGGAGCUGGCGGUGACUAUGGAAAACAAAGCCGAGGCCAAGCGGAUCGUAAGUGAGAAGCCCACCAGAGCAAGGAACCAGGGGGCAGAAGGGUCACCUGGAGAUGGCGUGGGCUGGGGCUCCUUCACGCAGAUGGUCGGCAGCUUGGAUUCUGCACGGAAAGGCGCUUGGGAGCCCCGGGGUCCAGGCCUGGUCCCAGGCUCAGCUCCCCGUCGGCCAGUGUGCGGGCCCCUUGAGGUGGGCUGGGACUAUGCCCAGUGGAAGCAGGAGCGAGAGCAGAUCGACCUGGCCCGCCUCGCCCGGCACAGAGAUGCACAGGGCGACUGGCGCCGCCCAUGGGACCUGGACAAGGCCAAACCCACGCUACAGGACUCCAGCAGGCCUCGGGGAGAGGGCCUGGGCAGGGCAGGCGGCACCGGGGGUCCCAGGAGCCACCGGAAGCCACAGCCCCCACCAUUGCCUCCUGAUGGCAAAGGUGGUACCAGUCGGGGUGGGCAAUCUAGCAGACCCUUGGUGGCACCGGCCACACGCAGCAAAGCCCGAGGGACGGAGAGGCUGACUGGCAGGGCCCGCAGGUGGGAGUCCAAGGAAGACAAGGAGGAGGUGGGGAGCCAGGAGGGAAGUCAAAGCACCAGCCAGACUCAGACCGAGAAGGAACAUGCACAGGCACAGAGCAGGAUGGAGCAGGGCAGACCCCCGAGUGUCCCGGCAACCAGCCCAGCUCCGGCAUCCCCAGAGGGGCCAAAAGGGGAAUCAGGAACUUCAACAGCCAGUCCAGUCCCUGGCUCUCCACAAAACACUGACUUGGUUCCCCUUGACCUUUCCCGAGGAGGCACCAGUAGCCCUGGGCCUGGGAAGAGCGUGUGUGUGCUCAGUUCAAAGCCUGGGGCCCAGGAGAAUCCUGUGUCUGGGUCAGAUGGUUCUGAACAGCCCCUGGGGUGGAAUGAUCCCCACGCUGAGCAGGAAGUCCAGACUUGCUCUGAGCCACAAAGAGCAGCAGGGCCCCUAGAGCCCAGAAAAAACAGGUCUGGCAAGGCUGGGGCCCUGCAGGGCCUGGCACCACAAAGCAGGCCCCCCAGAGGAACUGGCCAAAGAGCGAGGGGCACAGGCGGUGUGAGGAGCAGAAGAGGGGGCCCUGGCCCUGCAGGGAGAUGCUGAGCAAAGCUCCCGGGAGCAGGGGCACCAGGCUGGGCAGAGAAGGGAAGAACACAGUCAAGAGCCUUCUUUGUAAUGGGCGUCUGGUUGCUGUGGCUUGUAGCAGUCUGGCUGAACAGUCUGGCAAACUCUCUGACAGUGACAUUGUGAGGGCAAAGAGCUGUCUUUCCCUGCACCUCGUGUGCACAGCCCUGCACACGUGUGUGUUUUCACCUGCAGGUACA